CUGAUCUUCAAUUGAUGUUUUGAGAAGGAUACUUAUAUCGAAAGUCUAUGUGAAAUAAUCAUAUCUGUCGUCUUAGUGAAACCGAUGUCUGAUAACUCUCGGAGUCCCAAGAACACAAGAAUUUCUUAAUAAUCUGUCUCUUCUGAACAUUCUGUACACUGCAAUUCCAAAAAUGUCAAGAUUUCUGGUUCUAAUUAACUUUCACUGUCAGAACUAAAUAACUUAACUUUGUUAAAUCCUAGAAUCUUAUGAUUAAUACUGUUAUCGCACGAUUUAUUAUUAACUUGGUAGGUAAUGUCUUUAAUAAUUUCAAUCCUUGUAUUUUUUCACAAAUGACAUGACCAUAUAUUCAAGGGAACCUUCCAUGUUGUACCUUUUAGUCUGUACAAAUCAAACACACGUCUGAACUGUGGAAACAGUCAAUUUCUGAAGUCUUGGUGCAUACUUUAGAAAAUUAUUCACUUAAUUUAGAAUAUUAUUAUUAUUAUUUGUUUCCUUUAUUAGGUUGUCAAAAGUCAAAAUCUUUGACGUUAAAAUUACUUUAAUUCUCUAAAACACCAGAAAUGCUUAAUGUUUGAAGAGUUCUCCUGUUUAUUUCUUCUCAUGAUUGACCUAUUUGUCGUUGUGUUGGCCAUAAAAUGUAACGGGUUGGUGGGUGGGGAAUUGUGAUUGACUGACCGGAACAUAAAGCAAGCAGUUCGGGAGGGAGAGCCGGUCCUAGUUGGCCACCUGUUAUCUUCGGGCUAUGGACUGUCGGUAAAUUUGUGCUAGGUAGGAGCCCUAUGGUUUGACCAAUGACUAUCUCGCUGGGUAGACUAGUCUGAGCCGGUCCCAUGUAUGGCCAAGUAGAUGAGCUGGGGUUGUUGGGCUCGAGCUAACCUGGCCCACCGGCCAUCUGAACAGACGACCAUUGUCACAUAUGUAUGCCUGUGUAAUGAUAAUCUGACUUCUACAUUCCUGUUGUAGCUAUCAAGUUAUAAAGAAAUUUCUUGCCAUUUUCUGGCAGUUGAAAAUUUCUUGUUAAAUGAUCAAUCUGUUUAAUAUAUAUCCGACUGGAAUAUUAAGGAGGUAGGAGUUCUUUGACUUCUGGGGUAAAUCACAAGCAGUCAAACAUCAUCCACCCCAAUUAAGAAUCUUGGCCACAGAAUUUGUCUUGAUUAUAAAGUAAUAAAAAACUAAGAUCUUUUGUUUUCAGCAGCAAAUCUACAAUCCUAGAAUUCCUAGCAGAUCACCAGUAUCACUUCCUUUCUAUGUCCAAUGUCUAAAGCUUACAGAAAACAAAAUCUCUUGAUUUUUUUCUUACUCUUCACAUCAUUCACCUUUUCUGAACAACAAGACCAGUUUGUUUAUCAAGGUUUUGCAGAAGCAGGCCUCCAUCUUGACGGGCUUGCACAUUUACAUCCUAACGGCCUACUGCAACUGACCAACACCACACAGCUGCAAAAAGGUCAUGCUUUCUAUAAAUCCCUUCUGAAAUUGGACACAAAUGUUUCCUUUUCUACUUCAUUUGUGUUUGCCAUAUACCCAGAAUUUGUCAUACCACAUAGCGGUCAUGGGAUUGCCUUUGUUAUCUCACCGUCUAUGGAUUUCAGUCAGAGUGUUCCUGCUGAAUACAUGGGCCUUUUUAAUGCUUCCAACAAUGGGUAUCCUGCAAAUCAUAUAUUUGCAGUGGAAUUAGAUACAGUUCAGAAUGCACUUUUUGGAGAUAUUGAUGCCAACCAUGUUGGAAUUGAUGUUAACGGACUGAACUCAAUAAGUGCAGCUUCUGCAAUGUACUUUUCUGAAAAAGACAGUAAGAGCUUGCAGCUUACAAGUGGAAAACCGAUGCAAGUUUGGAUAGAUUAUGAUGCUGUGAAGAUGUUAGUGAAUGUGAAGUUGGCUCCUAUUGGAAAACCAAAACCACAUCAUUCUCUGUUGUCAACUCACAUUGAUCUGUCUAAGGUCAUAAGCAAUCCUGUGUAUAUCGGUUUUUCUUCAGCUACUGGAUUAUCGACUAAUAGACACUACAUACUAGGAUGGAGUUGGAAUCAAGGUGGCCAAGCUCCAAGCUUAGACCCUUCUAAGCUUCCUUCACUUCCCCGACUAGUAUAUCCAAGAAAGAAAUUAAGUCUUACUGUUAUAGUUCCUCUAGUUGUACUAUUUGUAUUUUUCAUUGGUAUUUUCCUAGGUGCUUAUGUGAUCACGAGGAGAAAGAGGUAUGAAGAACUGCAUGAGGUCUGGGAAUCUGAGUAUUCUGCAAAUAGGUUCUUAUACAGGGAUCUAUACAGAGCAACAAAAGGGUUUAAGGAUACUGAGGUUCUAGGUUGGGGAGGUUUUGGAAAGGUGUAUAAAGGCGCACUACCUCAUUCCAAUAUACAAGUUGCAGUCAAAAGAAUAUCCCAUGAUUCCAAACAAGGUUUGAGAGAAUUUGUGGCUGAAAUUGCCAGCAUGAGAAGGCUAAGGCAUAGAAACUUGGUACAACUGCUAGGUUACUGUCGGAGAAAGGGUGAGCUUCUUUUGGUGUAUGAUUAUAUGCCUAAUGGAAGCCUCGAUAAGUUCCUCUUCAGUGAUGAGAAACCAAACAUAUCCUGGCAUCAAAGAAUCAGAAUCAUCAAAGAUGUGGCAUUUGCCUUGCUAUACCUGCAUGAAGAGUGGGAACAAGUUGUUCUUCAUCGAGAUGUCAAGGCAAGUAAUGUUCUUUUGGAUGCUAACAUGAAUGCUCGUCUAGGUGACUUUGGGCUUUCAAGAUUAUAUGACCAUGACACUGGCCCACGAACUACCCGUGUAGUUGGAACAAUCGGAUACAUUGCACCAGAGCUAACUAUCACAGGAAAGCCAUCUACUUGUACUGAUAUAUUUUCAUUUGGAAUGUUUUUGCUUGAAGUGGUUUGUGGAAGGAGGCCAAUAUCCCUCGACUCCAUUGAAGAAGAAAACUUGGUGGAUUGGGUGUUUGAGUGCUGGGAAAAUGGUGAAAUCCUAAAGACAACCGAUCCUAAGCUGGAGGGUAACUACAUUUCUGAAGAAAUGGAGGUCAUUUUGAGGCUAGGAUUGAUGUGUUGCCAUAAUAUUCCACAAGAGAGGCCUAACAUGAGGCAAGUAAUUCAAAUUUUGGAUAACAGUAAUUGCAGAUCUUCUGAAGAAUCUUACGACACAGAGUCUUGUGUACCAACUCCAUUUCCACCUACACCUGGGUCUGCAUCUGUAAGAUCAUUUUGUUCUGUUUCUAGUACUGAUUCAAUCCUCGUUCAUGGUCGCUGAAUCAUAGGAUGUUCAUUUACUUCGCUUGUCAGAGUUUCAUACAUAGCUCAACUAAUGACCUAAUACUCUAACAGUCCAUCCUAAAUACUUGUAAUUAAAACAGCAUUGUAAUGUGAUUGUAAUGUAUUAACAUAUGUACAUAUAGUGCUUCUUUGGUUUUUCUUGUAGUGGCAUUAAUACAGUUUUGCGCCUAAAUAUUUUUGUACUGUUUAAGUUAAGAUGGAAACACAAAUUAUUUUCUUUAUGUAACUACUCCGAAAGCAGAAUAGAAGACAAACAC